UUUGUAGAAUCUAGAAUUCUAGAAUAGAUAGUAGUAUCUUAAAAAAUUCAAUUUCGUUAAAGAAAAAUUAUUCAAGCUGUUGACAAAUAAUUAAUAGAAAGUCAAACUAUGGAGGUAGAAACUUUAUGCUCUAAAUUAAAAGGUGAACGCCCACCUGUUGAAAUAAUUGAACAUAAAUCAAGAAAACGAACAAACCAAAUUCAAAAAACCAAUUAUUUAAAGUCUAAUACUUCAAAUUCAAAAAUUGAUGAAAAAGUUAAUUUAAGGAAAUUGCAAAAUGAAAUACUUAAAUUUACAACUCAUUUUGAUGCAAGAAACACUAAAGCAAAAGAACAGCUUGCUAUUAAAUUGGGAGCAAAACCUAGAAAAAAGGAAAAUUUAAAUUAUAAGCAAUUAAAAGAAAAAUUAAAGCAAGAAACUGAAGCAAAAAAAAAUCAAGAACAGCUUUUUCAAUUACCAAAAACAAUGGUAAGGACAUCAAAAACUCAUAAAAGAUUAAAUACAAAAAAAAAUAAGUCACAAUCUACUGAUAUAAUUAAAAACUAUGGAACAAUAAAAAAUAAAAAAUAAAAUAUUUACAUUUUAAACUUUUGCAUAUUAUUAAAUAAACAUUUUUAUAUAGUGAAAA